ACGCGCCCAAGUUCAGGCAGCGGCCCGUCACGGUGCAGGCCGAGCUGGACGCGACCGUGACGCUGACGUGCGACGUGGACGGCAACCCCGUGCCGGAGAUCAUGUGGAUCCACGAGGACAAGGACCGCGUGGUGGGCAGCCUGCCCAACCUGACCUUCAAGGUGGAGGCGGAGCGCGCGGGCCGGUACUACUGCCGCGCCAGUGUCCCCGGCUACCCGGAGAUCGGCGCCGAGGCCGCCGUGCUCGUCAAGGGCCCGCCCAAGGUGCUCUCGCCGCACACGCAGUGGGGCCACGUCGGCGACAACGCGCGCGUCGAGUGCAUCGUGGCCAGCGUGCCGCGGCCCGACAAGAUCAUCUGGAGCUACAACGGCCACGAGAUCUCCAACUACGACCCCGACUUCUCGAUCCUGGACGACCCGCUGCCGGACGGGCUCAAGAGCACCCUGAUCGUGAGGGAGUCGCAGCAGCACCACUACGGCCUGUACAACUGCACCGCCGGCAACGCGUACGGCAGCGUCACCGCGCACAUCCACCUCCGCGCUCAGAAGUCGUACCCGCUGCUCAUCAUCCUGACGGGCGUCAUCGGCGGCGUCGUGGUCAUCAUCGCCAUCACCAUGGUGGUGAUCCUGUGCCAGCGCCGAGUCAAGAAGCCGCCAGUCGACAACCACGAGGCGGAGAAGCAGUGCCGCGAGUCGGACCGCUCCUCCAACAUCUCGGACAUGAAGCUGGAGCUGCGGACGGGGUCCUCCGUGAGCCGGCCGGGCAGCGAGACCGGGUCGGAGCGCGGCGUCGGCGGCGUCCCGCUGGCGGGCCCCGUGCACCUGCCCAUGGCGCUCAACGGCGGCGACCACGUCUACCGCUACUCCACCGAGUACCCGGAGCCCAGCUUCCCGCCCAAGACGCUCACCAAGGAUGGGACGAACAACAACGGGUACGUGCCGUACGUGGACUACUCGCGCGACUACACGCCGCCGCCGUCGCUCAGCCUGCUGACGCCCCUGGACGCGCACGCGGCGCACCUGGGCCUGCCCGCGGCGCACGCGACGCUGUCGAGCCCGCUGGCGUGCGUCGACCCGCGCUACUCGGCGGCCUACGGCAACCCGUACCUGCGGACGUCGAGCGCCAGCCUGCUGCCGCCGCACACGAGCCCGGCGCCCAGCGCCAGCCCCAGCACGGCCAGCACGGGGCCCAUCGGCGGGCUGGGCGCGUCCCCUGGGCCGCCCAACGGGCCGCCGCCGCCGCCGCCCUACAGCACGGCCGUGCGAGGCCUCAACGGCGCCGCGCCGCAGGUGGCGCGCCUGCCCAACUCGCCCACGUCCCAGUACAUCGUGCCCAGCUCGCAGAUGGCCACCAUCAAGCGGGGGACGCUGGCCACCCACGUAUAGCAGCCGGAGGGCUGGUGGACCUAAAGACACUUUGUUUUUACCA